AGUUGAGCCAAGAGCGACAAACGUGGAGCGGUUAUUUGCGUUAGCGACAGAGUUUUUAUAUUGUCUCGUGCUUUUUUUAUAUAUUGUCUCGUGCUUUUAUAAUUUCAUACGAUGCCUCAUAAAUGUGCUGUAGCCACAUGUCGUGGUAAUUAUAAAAACGGACCAAAAGUGGCUGUAUUCAAGUUUCCAAAUGAGACUGAACUCCGGAUGAAAUGGAUAAGGAGUCUACGAAGAAAAGAUGGCUUUCAACCUACUAAACAUACCAGAGUAUGUGAAUUACAUUUUCGAUCAGAUGAAAUAAUACGAGAAAUCGAAAUGUAUGAUGAGAAAUCAGCGAAGUUAAUUAAAGCCCCAAUUUCUAGGCCACGUUUGAAAAAAGGAUGCAUACCUUCUCAGUUCCCUGAUGGCCCAUCCUACAUGUCAUCAAAUUCUGUAUCGAGAAUGUCACCAGAAAAGAAGAAAGAAGAAAGAAAGCUCGUUUAG